CCUCCCCUCUCACCUUGUCCCUACCGCCGGAGAACCAGAGCAAGCGAGCCUAGUCUAGACCUUUCAUUACAUCACAUCACAUCAACUCAGAACGCGGCCCGGCGCCAAAGCAUGAACCGCAAUGCGAUGGCCACCAUGGGCGUCCAACACACCACAACAACAAUCCGACAAUGAGCCGCACAACGCGUCCUCCUCCAUAUUCAGCAGCUUCUCCUCCUCCACACCAUCUAAUCAAAAUGACGAAAACAAACACACCAACAUCCUCGACUGGCGCGCCUUCACCGAGCCGCGAACCCUCCUCCCAACCGCCAUCCUCACAACCGCCAUCCUAAGCAUCGUGCACUUCCGCCGCCGUUAUCUCCGCCGCUUCCCAGACGCGAUCAGCAUCUCGCCCAAAUACCUGCGUCAACGCAGUCUCCUCGGCCAAGUGACGAGCGUCGGCGACGGGGACAAUUUCCGCAUCUUCCACACUCCCGGAGGCCGUCUCGCUGGUUGGGGCUGGCUACCGUGGAAGAAGGUGCCUACUUUGCGAAAGGAGUUACGGGAUAAUACAAUCCACGUCCGCCUAGCCGGCAUCGACGCCCCGGAACUCCCCCACUUCGGCCGCCCAGAGCAGCCCUUCGCGCGCGAAGCCCACACCUGGCUAACCUCGUACCUCAUGAACCGGCGCGUGCGCGUCUACAUCCACCGACACGAUCAGUACCAGCGGGCGGUGGGCAGCGUGUGCGUGCGGCGCGCGCUGGACUUCCCUAUUCCGUUCCGGCGGCGCGACGUGUCGUAUGAGAUGCUGAAGCGCGGGCUGGCUACUGUGUAUGAGGCGAAGGUCGGGGCUGAGUUUGGGGGCGAGGAGAUGGAGCGCAAGUAUCGGAAGGCGGAGUGGUGGGCUAAGUUGCGGGGCAAGUUGGAGAGUCCGAGGGAGUAUAAAACUAGGAUGGGGACGUUGGGGGCGGGUGGGAAUGGGAAUGGGAAUGGGAAUGGGGGGAAGAAUUAG